UGACGAAUGCCUCAGUUCUUGUGGCAGACAUGACAGCAUGGAGGGAUCCUAUAACAUUCGGAAUACCAGCUAUAGUGAUAUUGUUUGUUGGAGCAUGGAGUGAUAAAACAGGAAACAGGAAAUACUUAUUACUUAUACCUGUCAUUGGAGAAAUUGGAUCAUUAGUAGGAAUUCUUGCCGGCACGUACUUCUUUCUGGAGUGGCCCUUGUGGGUGAUGGCUCUAAUAGAAGCAAGCUCAUCCACGUUUACUGGAGGUCUGUCUGUAAUUUUGAUGGGGUCAUACAGUUAUUUGGCUGACGUCACCACCCCCGAGUCGCGUACCUUCAGAAUGGGUGUAGCGGGUGUUUUAGUGUCAUUGGGUAUACCUUUGGGAACUGCAAUAAGUGGCAUACUAACUGUAAAUCUCGGCUACUUUGGAAUAUUCGGAAUUUCACUGGCUAUGUAUAUGUUUUGUUUCUUCUACGCAAUGAUAAGAAUUCAAGAUGUCAGAAGAGUGGAAAUUGAAGGAAGUUUCUUUCAUAAACUGAUAAGCUUUUUUCACCCGAAGAAUGUUUGGGACACACUAUCGUUAGUGUUCACAAGUCGUGGGAAGCAGCUAUUGAAGAUUACUUUAGUUAUUUGGGCCCACAUUGUUAUACAAGGUCCUGUUUCAGGUGAAUCAGCAUGCCUGUACCUCUACACAUUGAAUAGGUACCAGAUGGAUCUAGUGGAUCUAACUCUGUAUAUAACGUUUGCUUUGAUCAUGGGAAUCGUCGGUACUGCAUUGGCAAUGGGCAUAUUUGUGAAGUGGCUCAAGGUGCACGACGGUUUACUUGGUAUCAUCGCCACCACCAGUAACCUGUUAUCUGCUUUGACCUCCGGUCUCGCUCCAACAAGAGAUUACUUCUUUGCUGGACCCGUCCUUGGUAUAUUUGGAGGGCCUGCGUCUACUGCGGUACGAUCGCUCGGAACCAAAAUUGUGCAACCAGAUCAAGUUGGUAAAAUGUGUUCCCUUAUCGGCUUUGUUGAGGCGCUACUUCCUGUGAUAUACACGCCUUUGUAUACAAAGAUAUAUUCAAACACAAUCAACACAUUUCCAGGGGCGAUUUAUAUUGUAGGGGCGAUUAUGACGGCCCCAGAUAUUAUAAUAUUUGGUUCUUUCUACAUUAUGCAUCGAAGACAGCAAAGAGAUGCUGUUACACACCCAGAGGUGAAAGAGAUGCAUGUGUAUGAAAACGACGUCACUGCUUUAUAAAGUAUUUUACAUAUUUUAAAAUUUGAUUUAUAAAAUAAUAUACAUUAUUUCAGUUGCCAUAAAAUACAAUACAUGCUACAGAAUUUACUGUAGCAUGUAUUGUACCUAAGUUACCUAGUUUUAAGUUUUGUCAAUGUAUUUUAUUGCAAUAAAUAAAUAAUAAAUUGAACCUCA